CGCCCGAAAGAAACUGAAAGUCCCGUUUGGUUUGUCGUGUGGCUACAGGCCCGUGCGAGAGACCGACGCGAAUAUAAGCGCGCUAUUCUCCCUUGCGACUCUCGCGAGUACGGGGGGCUCUUUGGUCGAGGCGUCGUGCAACAUCGUGCAGUAUGACACGCGUUGUAACCAAGGAUUCUAUCAGCACACUGUACAUGGCUUUGUCAUUUUUCAUUGGUACGUAUAUACAAAGAACUCUCGUUAGAUAUGGAAACUGAGGUCGCAUAUCGAUAAAUUGAUGUUACGGCGGCGAAAUAAGUGAACAUUAAGAAAUCGAAAAAACGCCUCUACCCCCUCCAACCCUUUGGGCACUCCGGUGCUUCUGCAUAUGCUUCGGCGUCUAGUUUCACGUCCUUGUUGCUAAUCGCAUGGGUGUGUACGAAGUGUUUCACAAUAAAAAAUGUAAAAAUACGAUGUUAGUCUAUAAUUAUUCACAGUUUAGAGUUAGAGGUUACAUGAGUGGUCCUUUCUGAGACCGAGAGUUGGGUUACUGAUAGUCGGUAAUACGAAUACUGCUGCCACACAUUUCACCGAGCUCAACAUAUAAAACGCUGUACGAUCAAACAAAAAAAGUCAGAAAACUCAAUCGGCCAAGUUCACGGAGGUUCUAUGGAGCGGUCGAAAUACGAAACCGAGUCGAGCGAGCGGUGUCCGAGGAAUCUCCGGGUGCUCCGAUUUAACACAUCAACGACGCAAAGAAUUUACUCAAAAUGACUGAUUUUGUUCAAGAUUUGUUUGACGUUUUCGAGGAAACUAACGAAAAUGUCGUGGAAAUCAUUCCGAUGCCAGUUACCGACGAUGGAACUAAACAAAUUAGCAAUCAUCUCGUUGAAAUAAAACCUGAGAAAGGGGCUAAUCCGAAUCGUGAACCUGAUCGUGAUGAUGAGGACUUUGACUGCAAACGGAUGAAGGUGGAAAAUAUUCUACAAGACAUCAAUUUAGAUGAAUUGGCGUCACGAAUAAAAAUACACACGAUAGAGACUAUCGAGUCCUGCACACACGAAGUAGCUGUUCCACCUGACCAUGAAUAUGUACCAUUGGAAACCAAAACCACCAAGCCAGCUAAGGAGUAUAAAUUUAUUCUGGAUCCGUUCCAGAAAGAAGCAAUCCUGUGUAUCGAAAAUAAUCAAUCAGUUCUCGUGUCCGCUCACACGUCGGCAGGAAAAACAGUUGUCGCUGAAUACGCUAUUGCCUGCUCCUUGAGAGACAAACAACGAGUUAUUUAUACAACACCCAUAAAAGCUCUGAGUAAUCAGAAAUACAGAGAAUUUUAUGAAGAGUUUAAAGAUGUUGGUUUGAUAACUGGAGACGUCACGAUCAAUCCAACCGCGAGUAUUCUCAUAAUGACCACAGAAAUUCUGAGAAACAUGUUGUAUCGAGGAUCCGAGGUCAUGAGAGAAGUCGGUUGGGUAAUAUUCGAUGAAAUUCAUUACAUGAGAGACAAGGAAAGAGGAGUCGUGUGGGAGGAAACGUUGAUACUUUUGCCUGAUAACGUUCACUACGUUUUUCUAUCUGCCACAAUUCCAAAUGCAAGACAAUUUGCCGAAUGGGUUGCUCAUCUCCACCAUCAACCUUGUCACGUCGUUUAUACAGAUUACAGACCAACUCCCCUGCAGCAUUACAUUUUUCCAGCCGGAGGAGACGGCAUCCAUUUGGUCGUGAAUGAAGAGGGUCAAUUCAAAGAGGACAAUUUCAACAGAGCGAUGGCGUGUCUUCAGGGCGAGGGAGCAAAGGGUGACCAGAAAGGUCGUAAGGGUGGAGUUCGUGGUGGAGGUGCGGCACAAUCCAAUAUUUUCAAGAUGGUUAAAAUGAUAAUGGAGCGUAAUUUCGCGCCAGUGAUAAUAUUCAGUUUUUCAAAGAAAGACUGUGAGCUUUACGCUAUGCAGCUGUCGCAACUGGACCUCAACACGAUACAAGAGAAACAAUUAGUGGACGAAGUUUUCAACAAUGCGAUGGACGUGCUGAGCGACGACGACAGAAAAUUGCCGCAGGUUGAAAAUGUGUUACCACUUUUGAGACGAGGCAUAGGCAUCCAUCACGGUGGAUUGCUGCCAAUAUUAAAGGAAACCGUGGAGAUUCUUUUCGGCGAAGGUUUAAUAAAAGCUCUUUUCGCCACCGAAACUUUCGCCAUGGGUUUGAACAUGCCAGCGAGAACGGUUUUGUUCACGACUGUGCGUAAAUUCGAUGGUAAAGAUUUCCGAUGGAUCACGUCCGGCGAAUACAUACAAAUGUCCGGCCGUGCUGGACGGCGAGGUCUCGACGAAAAAGGAAUCGUUAUCAUGAUGAUCGAUGAACAAGUUAAUCCAGCCGUUGGCAAAGACAUCGUUCAGGGUAAACCGGAUCCUAUAAAUUCCGCUUUCCAUCUAACCUACAACAUGGUUCUGAAUCUUCUUCGAGUCGAAGAGAUUAAUCCGGAAUAUAUGCUCGAAAGAAGUUUCUACCAAUUUCAGAAUCAAGCGAGCAUUCCGGAAUUAUACAACAGAGUGAAAGAGCUCGAAGCAGCGUACAACGAGGUCGAGGUCGACAAAAUCGACUCAAUCUCUUCGUAUCACGACAUUAGAGAACAGCUGGAACGUCUGGGUACCGACUUCCGUAUAUAUCUCACGAAACCGGAGUACCUUCUACCGUUUUUGCAACCUGGCAGAAUGGUUAAAAUACAAAAUGAAAAAGCCGACUUCGACUGGGGCAUAAUAGUUAAUUUCAAAAAGAAAACACCGAGGAAUCCGGAAAAAGAAAAAACUGUAAUCGUGAUCGAUGUGCUGUUGCACAUUUCAAAGAUGUCAAAAGAAAAUGCUCCGAUGCCUUGUGCCCCGAAUGAAGAGGGAGAAAUCGAGGUCGUUCCAGUGUUAAGUACUCUCGUAACGCAAAUAAGCUCUUUACGACUCUAUUACCCGAAAGAUCUUCGACCAGCUGACAACAGGAAGAGCGUAUUGAAAACAAUCCAAGAAGUCAAGAGACGCUUCCCGGACGGUCCACCGUUGUUGAAUCCUAUAACUGACAUGAGAAUCGAAGAUUCCAGUUUCAAAAAGAUUGUCAAGAAAAUCGAAAUGCUCGAGGAGAAAUUGUACGCUCAUCCGUUGCACAAAAAUCCAAAACUCAACGAGCUCUACGACAAGUUUAUGAAACGCGAGGAGCUCGGGGAAAAUUUGAAGAAUGCUAAGGACGAGCUCAAACGUGCCAAAUCGGUGUUGCAAAUGGAUGAGCUUAAAUCUCGCAAAAGAGUUCUCCGGAGAAUGGCUUAUUGUACCGCUGCCGAUGUGAUUGAGCUCAAGGGUCGCGUUGCUUGUGAAUUGAACGGCGCCGAUGAGCUCCUUCUCACGGAAAUGAUAUUCAAUGGACUUUUCAAUGCCCUCAGCGUUCCACAAAUGGCAGCACUACUCAGCUGCUUCGUUUGCGACGAGAAAUCCAACGAAAUGCCCAAAGCCACCAACGAGUUGAGCGGACCUCUUCGGCAAAUGCAAGAUUUAGCCCGAAGAAUAGCCAAAGUUUCAACCGAAGCGAAUCUCGAACUUGACGAAAGCGCUUACGUCGAAAGAUUCAAACCAUUCCUUAUGGACGUCGUUUAUGCCUGGUGCAAGGGCGCAAGUUUCUUACAAAUCUGUAAAAUGACCGACAUUUUCGAAGGCUCCAUCAUACGGACGAUGCGACGCCUCGAAGAAAUCCUCAGACAACUUAGCCAAGCGGCUAAAAACAUCGGCAACACCGAUCUUGAAAAUAAAUUCAGUGACGCCAUUAAAUUACUAAAGCGCGACAUUGUUUUCGCAGCAUCUCUUUAUUUGUAAAUAAUCGUUAUUUUUUCUUUUUUGAUUCUAUCUUCGAACCGAGGUCCAAUCGGAGAAUAGAAUCACUGAAUUAUCGAGUCUUUGAAAAUGAAUGUUUAAGACUUCAUCAAUAAUUUUAUUAUUCAUAUUGUAUAACAGAAAAUCAUUUGCGAAAUAUAAAUGUCCAAAGUUUAUCUUUUACACACUUAA